AUGCCCUUCUCGCCCCCAAGCGACACCUGGGAUAAGGAUGCCCGAUGGCGGACCUUUGCCAACGUCGGAUGCCGCGACACGAGACCUCUCUGGGCAGACUACUGGCCCCGGUUUAACACCAUCACCAUUCCGCUACUUGACGAAGAUGCCUUUUUUUCAGAUGCUCUCGCCGCCGCGAGGGAAGCCAAGGAUCGCAACCAUCUUGAAGAACUCCUCGCCGAGAAAUCCAAAGCUCGCCGAGCCGAACUGGAGGGAGUCUUGGACAAGAUCCUGCGCGCGGCAAUAUUCGAUACGAACCCCUCGUCACCAGAGCCUGCGUGGGAUGCUGCGGAAAAAGCUGGGAGGUCCGGGAGUCUGGAUAGCUUUCUCCAGUUAGCCAGUGGUGUUGUUUGGGGGUGGGGAGAGAAACAAGUUGGGGAGCAUAAACCACAGCCCGAGGUCGAACCUUUAUCUCAAACCGGGACACAGGAGGGGCCCCACAUGUAUUCGCCCCUUAUUCAUGUCUCCGACGAUUGGGAUCUUAUGGAUCACGGUAUAGGCCCUGCAAUCACCGAGGUACCGGCUUCGCCAGGACCAUUGGAGCUACCGCUGCCACUUCCGUCCUGCGGCACGCAGGCUCAAACGGAAAGGGCUACGCAUGAGGCCCAGCGUAACCCACAGGAGAGGUCACGAACGGGACGGACGGUGGCCUCGAAGAUACCAGAGCUGACGGCGAAUAUAAGCCCGGAAAGUUCUCAAAUGUCACAUCCCCUCGAUGCGUCUUUAACGGACUCUACUUUGCCACCGUCCCCGAGCGAUUCUCCCCCUUCAUGCGCAACGUCCCAAACCACGCCGAAAACACCACCAAAUCCUCCUCGCGAUGCAGAAGUCGACAUACCACAGUCACCGCGCUCGCCGGAAUGUUCAAGGCCACGGCGAGAAGGAGCCCAAUCACCACCUGCCGAUGCUUGUUUGCAAGGCCCUGUUGGACAAUCGAAACCAAGGGGAAAGAGGGGAUUUCACGAGUUGGAAGAUCCUGGCGUCGACGAUGCAUUGCGGGUGAAACAAAUGAGGCGAGACGUGGGAUGA